CAACAAACUAAUUUUCAUGGCUGAUAAAAAAAUGGAGACUACUAGGGUUCGAGAGAAGGAUGCGGCGGCCAAAGAGGACAGCGACUUUUGACGGCGGCAAGGGCUCAGGAGGUGGAUACCAGGGGUAUGGAAAGGUUGUUGAUGUAUUUGUGCCGAACAAGAGAGAUAAAUGGGGGAAAAGAUUUGGUUUUGUUCGUAUGGUAGGGGUGUUGAAUGAGUACAUAAUGGAGAAGAGGCUUAAUGAGAUUUGGUUUGGGUUUUAUAAGUUACGGGUGAGGAUCGCUGAUCGCCCAGUGAAGCAGAGUUUGGGGCAAGCAAAGAUGACAAGGAGCAACGCGAAUAGAUUGGUUCAACCUGGGCAGUCGUAUGCACAGGCAGUUGUGGGGACCAAUCAGAGGUAUGUCAAGAAACAGGAUAACGAAAAGGGAGUGCCUGAAAAGGAGAAAGGUAAGGUUCAGGUGGAGAUGGUCCCAGUGCAGUCAGUACAGCUUGAAAAGAAUGAGCAGGUUGGCUCAAGUGAUACGUUGCAGGGGCAGACGGGGACGACGGGGAGUGUAGGGGAUCAAGCUCAAGCGGCAACCAUUGAUUUCUCUCCGACGGAGGAGGAGAUACAUUGGCUGGAGGGGGGUAUGGUGGCAGUAUUAAAGUCAUUAAGGUCAAUUACGAGCAUACAGGAUACUGUUGAUGUGGAUGGAGGGUUGAUUUCAGUAACACCAUUAGGGGGCAGAUCAGUGUUGUUAACUGAAAAAGUGAAAGGUCACCUGGGUGAGUUCAUGGAGCAGAAUAAAGAAUUGUUCAACACAUGGUUUGAAUCCAUAAGGCCAUGGGCAAUGGCAUCUUCGCUGCGAAGUAGACUAGUUUGGUUGCGAGUUUCAGGCGUCCCGUUGAAAGUGUGGUGUGAUAGGUGUUUUUCGUUGAUCGGAGGAACAGUGGGUGACGUGGUGAUGGUGCAUGAUGAUACCAGAAAUAGAUUUUUUCUGUGUGAAGGAAGGGUUUUAGUUCUUUGUAGUGAUGAAUUCAAAAUUGCUAAGACUGUACAAUUGAAGAUCGAGGGCCAGUCAUAUGAG